CAACUCACUCCCUUUUUACGUCCGCCAACCUCUGAUCAUCGCCAUCAUCGUCAUCAACGGAGGAGGAAGGCGCAACCCAUAACUACGUACUUUGGAUCUCCUAUUCUCUCUCGACCUGUAGCUUCGGCAGCGAAAGUGCAGGGUGACCAAACAACGAUCCAAUCAAGGAACUGAGGUCCGGAAGCUCCCUAUCUAGGCCUAUACUCGUAUUAGAGGUCAAACCAAGCUAGAGCCCACUUGGGAGCAUGAUGCUUGACUGCUGAUAGAAAGACUCGAAAAGGAAACCAAGGUCCACAAAUGGCACCCAAAUCAGAGACCCAAGAUCAAAAAAUGAUGUCGUGGUUUAUAUUUUGGGAAGAGCCCA